UCAAGAUUUGUUCACAUCUAACGCUAAUCCUUAGCACACCAAUCUCAGCUUCUCUUUCGUCUUCCCUGAUUGAGUUUCUGAUUAUCAAUUCCCCCCCCCUUAAUCGUCCAAGAACAUGGCAACAUUGGCACCAGUUUAUGCAGCUUCUUUCGACACCAUGGAAUCUCGCAAGAGGAAACUCAACCGAGUUCCUUUACCGUACUUGAUCCGGCCAUGUAAGAGACAGCCCGUUUACGACACCUACGCUCUCUAUAACGAUUUCAUUGCGUACUCAUCUCUCGAGGAUGGGUUCAAUUCCGAGAGUGAUGACGAAGAACCAUCUGUGAAGGCUGUUAGAACCUCUUUGGAGAAUGCGAGCUUAUCUGAAACUGAAUCUGCGGGUUCGCUGACUGAUGAAGAAUACGUGGUUGUGGACAAUGUUGAUGUUCUGCCAAAUCCUAAAACUGAGAGAGCCGGAGCAAUUCAAAUGAUGGAGCUCUCAAAAUCUGUUGGUGAGAUGAAACUCGACGAUGCAGGAUCUGACAAUGAAGAUGAAGGAUCCGACAGUGAUGCUUGGGUGGUUCUGUAAACUAAGAAGUUUAUAUUUGGUGGGGUUUUAGGAUAAUGACGUUUAUUUCUCUGCCUUUUGUUUUCUGGACCGUUGACAUUUUUGUGAAGCUUUCUUUUAUGAUGAUCAGUACAUAUAACAAGAUGGUUUCCCAUUGAAUAA